CGGUUGUAACCACCGAUAAACAGAUAUGCCGCUGAUCCGUCAAAUGAUCGUCCCCUGUUUCUAGGGUUGCCAUAUUUCCAGCUAACACACGAGCCGGGUCCGUACAACCUGUUGACCUACUCGCCCCGAGUCGUGAAUGGGAGUCCGAUCAAAUGACGCGCGUUACCUAGCGACUAUUCAAACCCUAUUUGUUGUCUGGCCAGUUAGGCUUUCAGAUCGAGAUUUUGUCAACAGUGGCGGAUUUUGGGUGUCCCAUACACGGGGAGGUACUCGACUCUCGGGCCGUGCAGGACUUAGUAAAAAGGCUCAGCCGAGGGUGUCGACGUCACAUGUGUUUUGGGAACGUUCUGUGUUCGUCAACACGACGGAAGUUGGCCCACACCUGCCCUAUGUGCCACCUGUUGGGCCCGCCCCGGCGAACUGAAGUGUACAAUCACGUGGAUCUUCGGCUUUCUGAUUGAUCAGAUUCUGUUACAUACUGAUCCAGGAGGACUAGCACAAAGAAGUGUUCCCCACAGCCUGAGAUCUCUACUAUUUGAACUACUGACUUGAUUCCCUGGUCUUCGCUCUGACUUCCACACAGGAUGGGUGUAGAGUUGACCAGUGUGGUAGGAGAUGUGGACGAGUCUCUCAUCUGUCCCCUGUGUAACAUGGUACUGCUGGACCCUGUCAUGGCACACUGUCAGCACGUCUUCUGUCAGGACUGCGUGUCACGGAAACGCCUCACCUCCGCCGUCUGUCCGGUUUGCUCCACUCCAUUCAUAGAAAGAUUCAUCCCAGCGCCACGGGAGCUACAGUCAGCCCUUCAGGCGUUACAGAUGCGGUGUAAUUUGGGCUGUGGAGGGACGUGUACCAUAGGAGGCCUGGCUGAACACAUGGAGGAGUGUCCGCUCCUGUUCUUAGACUGUCCCUACAAGUCAAGAGGAUGUAAAGACAUCCUACAGCGGAGAGACAUGGCGGCGCAUCUAGAAGACUGUAACUUUCGGUACGUGGACUGCGAGGCGUGCGGACAUAGGACGCUGUUUUGUGACUUGUUCACGCACCAGAAGGCUAAGAAGUGUAUGGAGCAGAAACUGAAGAGAGAAGUGGUGGACAGUGUUCGGAGGUCGCGCGGACAAGUCAGGUGCCAUCGUAAGGAACUUACAGAAGACAUUCACUACAGGGAUCAGCAACAAAGACGGUGGUUGAAGAGUCGCGUAUCCUGGUCCAGAAGCCGUGGCAUCGAGCGGUCCAUGUCCCAGCCGGCCGUCAUGACUCUAUCGGACUGGAACAGCGGUGAGGUGUUCCUAACAGCGGUGCCUCAGACGGCUCCGUCCGGCGCACGGCCAGACGCGCACCUGGCCAGGUCCGAUAGCGACCUGACCACCAUGACCUCCCCUGAUGACAGACCACAGACAGACAUGGUCAUCACCAACAGUGCCCCCGUCCUGAAGUGCAGAAGAUGCAAUAGGAGAUUCAGAGAAGCGAAGAACCACAGCACAGCCUGCUGCUGGCACCAAGGGCCUGUCGUGGAACUGUUCGGAGGAACGUGCCAAACAUGUGGACGACUGGACACACAAGAGGGCUGUCUCCUGGGGUAUCACAUUACAUAAACUCUACUGCACCAAGGGUUCAACCUGUAACAUAGCAUCAUGUGGAAAAAACUUUUACCAAACUAUAAGGUGAUAUAACAAUGAACAUGCGGGUUAUACUGGUGCUAUUUUGUGCAAGAGUGCAUAUGAUAUGUAUUUCGGUUGUCUUUGGAGAAAGUAUUUUACAUUGAGGAUUGGUACACUGCAGCAGUUGUUAACCUCAGAAUAAAAGCCAGAAAACAAGUCGUUGGUGUAUCAUGCAUGAACAUAUGCAUGGACCUUAUUUUAUUAUGUUUGAAAGUUAUGUUUGAUACUAUUCUGUGUUUUGUAAGUGAUGAUGAGUUCUUUUGAGCUUUCAAUGCCAAACCAUGACAUACCUAAUGUAUGAUAUUCACCUUCAUCUAUGCCUAUAUAGAUUUAUUUCUUCCGUCCUUACCAAUAGAUAUAUCUUUAAGUAAUGGAUGUUGCUGGAAACCUGCGCAUAGCCACUACAGUUUAAUGUAAAAGUGUGAUGUAUAACAAAGUGGCUAAGUAUUAAUAAUGUGACUAUGAAAGCAUGUCAAUAAAUGGGUACAACUGUGA